UUGUCCUCUUCCGCCCAACUUCCGCCACCUAUCCUCUUCAUGAACCUACAACACCACAUUUACGACUCUCUCAUCAACGCCCGCGCACCCGACGUUAUCCUCCUCGUCCGAGCGACCAACUGGAGCUCGAACUACCGGCUUCACAGAGUAGUCCUCACCCAAGCCGGCUUCUUCUCGUCGCUUUUCACUGCAGGUUUUGCGGAAUCGAGUCGAAUAAAGGCGCAACCAGAGGUUACUAUUGUUUUCGAUGACGCGAAUAUAACGCGCGCAGCGUUCGAGUUUUGCAUUUCGCGACUCUACGGUGGAGGACCACCAUUGCAUAUAUCUUCUUCACUUAUACCCACCACAUCCCACCCGCUGACGACUGCAUUCCCCUUCACAUCCAAUAUCGACUCCAGCAUUCCUCAGGGGCACCAUCCUGCAACUCCACGAUUUUUACUGUCUUUGCUCGCGACAUCGGUCUAUCUUUCCAUUCCCCUCGUGGCCGCGCAAGCCUUAUCCUCGAUUUUGAGCACUAUCGGACCUCACACUGUGCUUUCCUACCUGAACUUCGCCCUCGGCAAGGUCAUCCCGGCACCAAAACCCAAUGAACCUGACUCAGCCGUGGGCUUGGAACACAUCGCGGAGGCAAUUCCCUCCCAAGAUGACGCAUCCUCGGCUUACUCGACCGUUAAUGAAGACCCGCGGAAGGUUUCUUACUACGGGGCGAUCUCCGACAAAAUUGGGGAAUCAGCAGCAUCCUGGUUAGCACGCUGGGCGCCAGACAUCCUCGCCUACGAAGAGCGCAAGGCCGGGAUUAGAGCCACACCAGCCCCAACCACGCGUCGCCGCGCUAAGUCAGAUGCUGCAGUCCCGGAUUUCUCAAAUGUUCCCGCUAUCUGGGACUGUGGGGGCCUGAGCGUGCCGUGGAUAUGUGCAUUGAUUUCAUCAGACGCAUUAUUUGUCGAAGGGGAGCGAGGCCGAUAUGAUUUUGCACGGGCUGUUGUUGAAUUACGGCGGAGACAUGGCCUCGUUCAGGAGGAGGAGGACGCCUGGAAGACGUUAUUUGAGGAGGGGAUCCAUUACUGCCACAUGUCGAUGGAAGAUGCGAUCUUUAUAUCUAAAGACAGUUCGCCUACAACAAAAUUGCCUUAUGUCUCUAUUGCGGUCCUCCAGGCAGCUCAUUGGCAAAGCUCGAUACUGCGACAACACAUCACUGCCAGGCCAAUAUCGCCCGUAGCGGAACGACCAGCCCCCGCACCUUCUCCUGGCUCACCCGUUCAGAGGGAGAAGGAACUUGGCAUAACUGUAACAACCGCGGAACUUCGUGCGCGGCUAGCCACUUCUGAUCCCUCUUUGGACACGAAAGGGCCGUAUUAUCUUGUUCCAACGGAUCAAUCCCAACGAAUUGGCGACAAUGGAAGUAGCGUGCACCCUCCCACUUCCGAGAACAGUAAUUCUGUAUCUAUGGACGAACUGUUUACCACUUCGUUCUCCAAUGCCGCAUCGGGAGCUUCCUCACCGGCCGCCGUGAGACCGACUGGUCUUGCCCGUGUCUCGAAUGGGGAGUCAAAUUUCUUUGGCAUCCAGGCUCGACGCUACAGUGCAGAAGAAUGUGUCGCCGCUGAUCCGGAAGGGACAGCUCGUUGGACAUUGCAGCCGCCUGUCCGAUUCGGCGUUGAAUUCUGGGAUGCGGAACUGUUGCCUGACAAGGCGAGAUUGUACUCGCAAACGAUCUGGUGUGGCGGGAGCUUGUUCAACACGUAUGUGCAAGUUACGCGCAAGAAGGAGAAGGCCUCAGUGCAGCUCGGCAUUUAUUUGCAUCGGCAGAGCUCGCUGGACGUGCCUGGGGCGAGCGCGCAUCGGGGAGAUGGCGUGAGAGAGCGAGUGACCAGUCUUGUCGGAACGCACAACCGCGGUCCAUCACUUCCCAACUUCAACUCUUCGUCGCAGAGGGAUCUCCCAACACGAAGUACAACACCAGUGUCGGUGUCCUCUUCGCUCCCGCAUUCGAUCAGCUCGUCUGUCUCUUCUACUAGUUCUAGCUCGGCACUUGGUGGUUGCGCAACACUUGCGCCGUCAACACCGACAUCACCCUACCGCGAUUCGCGACCAGCGGUCUGUGUUUACUUCACGAUCAGCUGCGCGAGCGCCACGGGGGCAAGCCAGACACGGUAUGCGAGUGCGCCUGACGUGUUUUCUGUGAGCCAGUCGUGGGGGUGGAAGAGCAGCUCGACAAGGACGGAUGAGUAUAUUGAUCUCGGGUUUGUGGACGGUGGUGAGAGCGGGAUCAGGAGCAGAGAGGUGAGUUUGAGGGCGUGUGUUGUGCUUGGGCUGGUUUAA